UGUGGUGGUAGAUGAACAAAAAACAGAAACAGGUGCAGAGUAGAGCAAUAAAAUAAUACAGGUGGAGGGAAGUUAAAGUACUGUUCUUGCAUCCAGUGCUGACUGUGGUCACCAGUUGACUGAAAAAAAAAUCAGUUUGUAGAACUAGCAGUGGUAGGUCGACAUCAGAGGACAGAAACUGAGAAAGAAAGAUGGCCGAGGAGCCAAAGAUUGAACUCUUCGUAAAGGCCAGUUAUGAUGCAGAGAGUGUGGGGAACUGCCCUUUCUGUCAGAGACUCUUCAUGAUUCUUUGGUUAAAGGGAGCCAACUUUACCCUCACCACUGUAGACAUGAAGAGGGCUCCAGAUGUGCUGAAGGAUUUGGCUCCAGGGUCUCAGCCUCCCUUCCUCAUCUACAACGAUGAAGUCAAAACGGACACUAAUAAGAUUGAAGAGUUCCUGGAGGAGACCUUAGCCCCACCACAGUAUCCAAAAUUGUGCUGUCGACACAAAGAGUCCAACACUGCUGGAGAAGACAUCUUCCGAAAGUUCUCUGCAUAUAUCAAGAAUCCCAAUCCUGGAUUAAACGACAUGCUCGAGAAGAAAUUUCUUUCAACUCUGGUGAAGCUGAACAUGUAUCUAGAAACUCCUCUCCCUCACGAGCUGGACCAGAACCCAGAUCUUACUGUGUCUUCACGCCUCUUCCUGGAUGGUGACAGCCUUACAUUGGCAGACUGCAACUUGCUUCCCAAACUCAACAUUGUCAAGGUGGUGAUUAAGCAGUACCGCGACUUUGCCAUCCCCACAGAGCUGAAAGGGCUGACACGUUACCUAGAGAAUGCCUACAAACGAGACGAGUUUCGCUACACCUGCCCAAAUGACUCAGAGAUUCUCCUUGCCUACCAAUCUGUCGCUCAGUACCUAAACAAAUAGAGGAGUGAACCAAAAGAGGGAGUGAUGACACAAUGUUCAUGAAAAUAGAGAAAACAAAAGAGAAAAUGCAAAAAAUACUUAAAUACAACAUGAUGAAAUAUCUGAAAAAUUAUAUCUGUGCUGAAAUUGUAUUAGUCUGUAGAUAGAAAGCAGUUCAAAUAAUUUACUUUCUAUGAAAAGUGUAGUUGUUUUCAGGAAUUUGGCUCCCUCUAGUGUCCAUCAAGCGUUUUUGUAAAUACUGUGCAUGUAUUGUGUCUAAGCAUAAUAUUAGUGACUGUAUAUUAGUAGCAGCAGUUUAAAACAGGUUUAAUUUAAAUGAAAAAAAUGAAGGGUGAAGGAAAAUAAAGAAUAUAUAUUAUUUAAUAUGGACAAUAUUAAAGGGUAAAUAUAAAAAACUGGUUAAUGUUGAUAAAUGAAUGCUGUGUGAGCACGUGAAAGUCUUUGCUAAUUAAUUCCUACUUUAAAGUUGUCAUCAGUAAUCAUUACUUAACUUUAAUGGUAACUUCACCAUGAUAGAGUACAGAACCGAGCAUGAAACCAUAUCAGUUUGUUAAUGGCAACUGAAUGACAGAAAUAAAAGUAUU